GACUCGUCGCGGCGUGCACGCGGCGGCGCGUUCGGCUGUCACAUAAAACCGGCCGAACUCCUCGCUCUCCUCUCAAUACGACGGGACCGGAACCUCAAAACGGACGACGAGUGCCGACCCACACCAGUAUAAAUUGUAGGAGGACGUCUUGAAGAAACGCACAAGCACGUGAUCCUUACCCACGACAUACAGCUUCCCAUUACACCUCUGCGUGGAAUGCAGUAACCGAGGUGUGACAGUCAUGGGGGACUCGUUCUUCAACUGCUGUUAUCUCCCACCCCAGCCCCCAGGCGAGGAGGAGCCCCCCGGCUCCCGAACCCGCGGAGAGAGCAGAAUGGCCUCACGUAUCUCCCCGGACAAGCGCUUCCUCAUCUUCUUUGAUUUUGAUGAGACCAUCGUGGACGAGACCAGCGACGACAUGGUGGUGCAGACAGCGCCCAACCAGCAUCUCCCCGCCUGGCUGAAGGACACGUACCAACCGGGCCACUACAACGAGUACAUGCAACGGGUGCUGGCUUAUUUGGCUGAGCAGGGCGUCACUGAGAGCGACAUCCGCACCGUCAUGGAGAAGCUGCCCGCCACCCCUGGCAUGCUGGCGCUGCUCCAAUUCCUGCGCAACCGCCCGCCGCACGACUUCGAGGUGGUCCUGCUCUCGGACGCCAACACCUUCUUCAUCGAAUCCUGGCUGAGGCGAGCCGGCACCCGGUCUCUCUUCCAUCGCAUCUUCUCCAACCCGGCCACCUUCAACAGGGAGGGGCGGCUGGUGCUGAAGCCUUUCCACUCUCACGAGUGCCCGCGUUGUCCUGCGAACAUGUGCAAGCAGGCGGUGGUAAGAGAGUACAUCACACGCCGGAUCCAGGAGAGGGGGCGCCCCUACCAGAGGGUCUUCUACGUGGGCGACGGCGCUAACGACUUCUGCCCGGCGCUCGCCAUGGGGCCCCGGGACAUGGUCUUCCCACGGCGAGACUUCCCCAUGCACCGCCUCAUCACCGAGACCCACGAGGCCACGCCGGGGGAGUUCAAGGCGGUGACGGUGCCCUGGUCCUCCGCUGAGGAGGUGGUCCAACGUCUCAGGAAGCUUGUGGCCGAGUAGGGCAGUUAAUUGGGAUGAGCAUUGCAAUCAAUUAAUUACACUGGUCAAUCGCAAUUUUUCGGCUAUAUGUGUCCCUAAAUGUAGGUUUGACGAAGAGUUAAAAUAUGCCUUGACUUGUUUUUGUUGCACAUCAGGUUUUUGAGAUAUUUGUAUUUUGGUUUUGGUUUUUAAGUUUGACC